AUGCCACCAAAAGAAGCUCCCAAGAAAUGGAAGGCGCCAAAAGGGCCAAAACCUACCCACCGUAAAAAUAAAAAUAAGCUUGAAUUAGGCAGAGCUAUUAAAUAUGCACGUCAAAAAGAAAAUGCCAUCGAGUAUUUACCUGAUGGUGAAAUGAGGUUCACUACCGAUAAGCAUGAGGCCAACUGGGUUAAAUUAAGAUCUGUAACUCAAGAAUCAGCUUUAGAUGAAUUCUUGAGUACAGCUGCACUGGCAGACAAAGAUUUCACGGCCGAUAGACAUUCAAAUGUUAAAAUUAUUAGAAUGGAUAGCGGUAAUGAUUCUGCGACAUCUCAAGGGUUUUCUAUGACUAAUGAGCAGCGUGGAAAUCUUAAUGCGAAGCAAAGAGCGCUUGCUAAGGAUUUGAUUGUUCCAAGGAGGCCUGAAUGGAACGAGGGCAUGUCCAAGUUUCAGCUUGAUAGGCAAGAAAAGGAAGCGUUUUUAGAAUGGAGAAGAAAAUUGGCACAUUUACAAGAAAGCAAUGAAGACUUGUUGUUAACACCGUUUGAAAGAAAUAUCGAAGUUUGGAAACAGUUAUGGAGAGUUGUUGAAAGAUCAGAUUUAGUUGUUCAAAUUGUAGAUGCGAGGAAUCCGUUGCUGUUUAGAUCUGUCGAUUUAGAAAGAUAUGUAAAAGAGUCAGAUGACAGAAAAGCAAACUUACUGCUAGUUAAUAAAGCAGAUUUAUUGACCAAAAAGCAACGUAUCGCUUGGGCAAAGUACUUUAUCUCCAAGAAUAUUUCGUUCACGUUUUACUCUGCAUUGAGAGCUAAUCAAUUAUUGGAGAAACAAAAGGAAAUGGGGGAAGAUUAUAGAGAACAAGAUUUCGAGGAAGCUGAUAAAGAAGGGUUCGAUGCUGAUGAAAAAGUUAUGGAAAAAGUUAAAAUUCUGUCCAUUGACCAACUGGAAGAAUUGUUUUUAUCAAAAGCUCCAAACGAGCCUUUAUUGCCACCUCUGCCCGGUCAACCUCCACUGAUUAAUAUUGGUUUGGUUGGUUAUCCAAAUGUAGGUAAAUCCUCCACUAUUAAUUCGCUCGUGGGUGCCAAGAAAGUUUCUGUUUCAUCCACGCCUGGUAAAACAAAACACUUCCAAACUAUUAAGUUAUCUGAUUCUGUCAUGCUUUGUGACUGUCCCGGUCUUGUCUUCCCAAACUUUGCAUAUAACAAGGGUGAGCUCGUGUGUAAUGGUGUUUUACCUAUUGAUCAAUUACGUGAUUAUAUUGGUCCAGCAGGUUUAGUAGCAGAAAGAAUACCAAAGUAUUACAUUGAAGCGAUUUAUGGUAUCCAUAUUCAAACCAAAUCAAGGGAUGAAGGUGGGAAUGGGGAUAUACCAACUGCUCAAGAAUUGUUAGUCGCAUACGCCAGAGCUCGUGGUUAUAUGACUCAAGGUUACGGUUCUGCUGAUGAACCAAGAGCAAGUCGUUAUAUAUUGAAAGAUUACGUCAAUGGGAAAUUACUGUAUGUCAACCCUCCGCCCCAUCUAGAGGAUGAUACACCUUACACUAGAGAAGAGUGUGAAGAAUUUAACAAAGAUUUAUAUGUGUUCGACAGAUUACCGGACACCAGAAAGGAGCAAGUGCAAAAUGCUGCUAAGGCUAAAGGCAUUGAUAUCGUGGAUUUAGCUCGUGAUUUGAAUCAGCUAACGUUUUCAGCUCACACUGGUGGUGACACACAAAAAGAAGCCAAAUCUGUUACGCACGGUGGUAAACAAGCUGCAUUGUACAAUGCCGCUGAGGACUUGGAUAGAGACUUCUUCAAGAUGAACAACGUCGAAGGUAGAUUAAGUACACCAUUCCACAAAGUUCAAAAUAGUUCAGCUGGUAAGAGACAUAACAAAAAAAACAAAAGUAAAAAUGCGAAAAGCAAAGUUUUUAGCAUUGAAAAUAAUUAG